UUUAUUUAUAUAUUUGAUGAUUAUCCAUAAGAACCCUUCAAACUCUCCACUCAACUCAGUAUUGGUCAGCUGUCUCUUCCUCAAUCUCUAGGGUUCUUCUCAAAGCUCAGCCUCAACUACGAUCUCUUCUCUAAGCUCAGGUGAAAAAAAAGAUGCAAGCUGUGCUUAGAUCUUUCGUCUCUGGUGGAAAUGUUGUGAAAGGUUCUAUGCUGCAACAUCUCCGUGUGAUUAACCCGGCGAUUCAGCCUUCUGUGUUUGUUGGUUCACGCUAUGAAUCAACUAAACCUGCUCGUAUGGAGGAAACUGGAUUCGAGAGUACGACUAUUUCUGAUGUCAUGAAAGCCAAAGGCAAAAGUGCUGAUGGAUCUUGGCUUUGGUGUACUACUGAUGACACUGUUUAUGAUGCUGUUAAAUCCAUGACACAACACAAUGUUGGUGCCUUGGUGGUUGUGAAACCUGGUGAGCAACAAGCUCUUGCUGGGAUCAUUACUGAGAGAGAUUACCUAAGGAAGAUCAUAGUGCAAGGAAGAUCUUCCAAAUCAACAAAAGUUGGAGACAUUAUGACUGAAGAGAAUAAGCUUAUCACUGUGACACCCGAGACCAAGGUCUUGCGAGCUAUGCAACUGAUGACAGACAACCGAAUCAGGCAUAUUCCGGUAAUCCAAGACAAGGGCAUGAUCGGAAUGGUGUCCAUAGGAGAUGUGGUCCGAGCUGUGGUGAGUGAGCACCGAGAGGAGCUUCAGCGCCUAAAUGCGUUUAUUCAGGGAGGUUACUAGAUCUUGAAGAUUGGUAAGACAAGAGUCACCGUUUGUUUCUGGUCUAGUGCCUGCUGAAUCUGAAAAGCUUUUAGAUCAAUGUAUAUAUGCUGUCCUGUUGUUGUUGUUGUGUUCUGUUUGAUGUUUGUUGUUUCGUUGUUUAACUUGUCAAAACGAUGGCCUUGUCGUGCUUUGCCUUCUCUUCUUCUUGCGCUUUCUCUGCAUGAUAAUAAAACCAAAGACUCUGAUCUCUUUGAAUGA